AUGCCCCGGGCACAGGUUCGCUUGUCCGUCAAACCGCCGGGUGGUAAACCGAUCACUUUUUGCGGUGGCACACUGAUCGCACCCCAAUGGAUUUUGACCGCGGCGCAUUGCUUGCUGGUCGAGACCAAACGUAUGCCAGUCGGUAAACCGGUCAAAUUGGCCGAACACAUGAAAUCUGUGAUAUUCGCACAUUUGGGUGAUCAUCACAAGAAGCGGAAGGAGAAGCAACAACAAGACUAUCGCGUGGAUGUGGCCAUCUUGCACCCGCGAUAUCACCGAAGUCUCAUGACUGACGGUGAUGAUAUUGCACUGUUACAUCUGAGUGAACCAGUGACCAUUAAUUCUGCAGUGAACUUCGUUUGUCUGCCUCCGAAAGAUAUGACACUGGAGCCAGGUACCAAGUGUUACGCUCUGGGUUGGGGCAAUACUCGAUCUGGGAAGCCACCGACAUUUGACAACUUGCAAGGCUUGUUCGAUUCAAUCCUUCUCCCGUUCCCCAGCCUUUUCAACAGCCCGUUCGGGAAUUUAUUUGGUUUUCGGGGCUACCGUGAUCGUCGAUCCCGACGAGAUCGUCGUCCCAGCACUCCGUAUGAAUUGCACGAAGUCACCCUGCCAAUUGUCUCUGUGGACGAGUGUCGUAAGCACUAUGGUGAUGUGAACAGUGAAUUGCACAUUUGUGCUGGUUCGAAAGGCAAGGUGGGUUGA